AUAUAUAUCUAUAAGAGCCAAGCUUAAUUAAUGUAGUGUCUUAAUAUCCGUUACUUAGAAAACAUUUGACAAUCUAAUCGUUAACAUAGAUUUCAUUGUAUUUUUAAGAGUAUCUAUAUUGAUUAAUAAAAAUUCUUUAAGACAACUACAUUAUACAAAAACAAUAACAUGAAAAACCAAGACGAUGCCAUCCUUGAGGUGUUACAAGGGGAGAAAAUUGAUCGCUGGCCAGCACCGAGAAUCAUUAAGAUUUUUAUUGCCAGUACCAAAACAGAUUUCAUUGAAGAAAGAAGGCUUCUUCUGGAAAAUGUUGGUCCAGACUUACAAACUUUCUACGACAGCCAGCAAAUUGAAGUUGAAUUAGUUGAUGUGCAUUUCGGAGCAUCGAAAAAGGACGUCCUAAAUCCUGAACUGUUUAACGCAUCUAUUAAUGAAAUAAAACAUUGUUAUAAGCUUUCUAAAGGGUGCUUCUCUCUGUUUUUGAUUGGUAAUAAAUACCAACCUUACAUACUUCCCUAUCGCAUUAAACUAGACGAUUUUAACGUAAUUUAUGAAAGUGCAAAGAAUACAGGAACGAAAUAUGAUUUGCUAAAGAUGUGGUACGUUAAAGUAGACGAAUACUACGUGUUAAAAGAUUUAAGAGAAGUUAAUGAAAACGAUUUAGAAGAAGCAACCAAAGAAAUAACGUACAUUUUAAGCAAGACCAUUCCUCAUUUACCUGAUGACAUUCAACAAAAGCUGGAAAAUUUUUUACAGUCUGAAUUAGAGCAAAAGUUCUCAUUCGCAAAAGAUCUUCAUUCAGAUGCUCGUGAACAAAUUGUAUGCGCUAUAAGAACUUUAAGCAAUAUAGUAGGUUCAGAUGAAAACUAUCAAGAUGUUAUUGAAGAGCGGCACAAAAUAACGAAUGAGUGCGAAAGACAAUUACAACAAUUUAUCGGUAAGGUUGAACGUACAAUCCCAUCCGAAAAUCGAUGUUACUUUACAGUGCCUUGGAAAAACGGUGGUGUAAAUACCGACGAUAGCGAACACGAAGCUUAUCUGGAUAAAUUUAAAAGUCAGAUGUUAUCCACUAUUAAACGAUUAAUUGAUAAGUACCUACAGGAGAAACCGGAAUUGAAGUCCAGAAAGAAAAUUGUUCAGGAAAACUUUGAAGAAAAUAUAUCCCACCUGACUCACUGUUUUGACCAACAAAAUCAUUCGCAUUCGAAAGAGAAUUUGGAUAUUAUAAGUCAAAUCGAAAAAGCAGUACAAAACAAUGUUGAUAAAAAGCACAGUCCAAUAAUAAUAUACGGCAACCACUUCUCAGGAAAGACAGACACUUUACAUGCCCUCUAUGAAAAAUUUACAUCUUGGUUCCCUUGUAAAUUGUUUCGAAUCGUUCGUUACGCUUCUGCUACUCCUCGUUCUUCUUACAAUCUAGAGAUGUUAAGGAUACUCUGCCAGCAAAUUAGCAUAGCACUCAAAUUACCCGAAGGUUUUUUGCCAAAGGAUGCGUCAUUUGACCUAUUAUAUUUAAAUAAUUGGUUUCAAAAGCUAUUGAAACUAUUCGAAGAAAGAAAUCAAGUUCUCUUAAUCUUUAUCGAUGAUUUACAUCGUCUCAACAUCUUGGAUUCUGAUCUCGUUUCCGGUAUGAGCUGGUUUCCUAAUUCUUUGCCGAAAAAUGUAUAUAUUGUGUGUACUACUAGCUUAAGGAUAGAUGCUUUACAUUUCAAUCUUACGCAAAAGGAGACGUACAAGAAUUCCGACAGCUAUUUCGAACUACCCUCCAAUGAUGGUGAUGAAGAUCAACUUAAAUUGGAAUUCGAUAACUUAGAAGAAUGUUUUGGCUGCUCCGCUGUAUCUAGAUUAUGUUCCCUAAUAACUUGUUCGGAAUAUGGAUUGACUGAAAUAGAAUUAUUAGAAAUUCUAAUGCCGACAAGCAAUAGUGAGGCUGUGAUUAGUACUGAUAACUCUAACUUUAAUUUUGCUUACUUCUACGCUAUAUGUAUUAGAAUGGAUAAGUUAUUGAGGAAAAAGUAUUUAAGCGGAAAAAUUUUAUUCGAAUGGAGUCAUGCAUUCAUAAAAGAAUUUUGUUCAAAACGCUAUUUAUCUAAUCAAGAAUCUGUUAAAAAUAUCCACACCGAGAUAUCUAAUAUGUUCUUCAGCGAAUUUAUUAGUGAGGAAUUGGCCAAGACGGAAACCGAAAAUGAAUCACUACCAUCAAGUGAAAAACGUUGUUCUAUCGAAUCAACGAUUCAUAGCGACGUAACAUAUACGACUAGACAUAUUGAAGAAGCUUGGAUUCAUUUGCUUAAAUCCGGGGAUAUUCAAAGGCUUAAAAGCUUAAUUCUUUGCAAUUUCGAUUUCCUACUAGCUGCUAUACAAACCACUUCAGUAAGCUAUAUCCGAUGUGUGCUGGAGCAUAAUAGGUGCUAUAUAUUGGACAGGGAGAUUGAACUUAUUUAUUACACCAUUAGAAAAGCUGGAGAAGUAUUGACUAGAGAUACGUUCCAACUUGGAACUCAGGUAAUUUCAUGGUUGAGACCAGUUUCACAACAAGGGGGUCUUAUGGCAAACAUAGUAACAUCUGCAAUGGCCUGGUGUGAUGGCUUCUCGUUGCCCCUUUUGGUUCCUAUGACUGAUUGGUUACAACCACCUUUACCUUCACAGUCUCGCACAAUGGUCAUUCCUUCUGUUCGAUUAAUUGAGGCUACUCCAAAUGGUCAGCAUGUAGUGUGCGUAACAGAUUGUGAUCCUCAAUUAUGGCACAUAAUGAGUAAUCGCCUGGUACACACAUUUAAAGGACACAGUGGGAAGAUACUUUGUCUUACUGUAACAAAACAAUCUCAAUACUUGUUAACUGGCUCGGAAGAUAUCAGUAUUAUAGUGUGGAACUUAAAGACAUUAACUAUUCAUUUGAAAAUUGUUGAACACAUUGCUCCAGUUCUAAGUAUAACGAGUGCCCUGAAUAACUCUUUAAUUGUUAGUGGGGGAGAAGACAGUAGCAUUAUAAUGACAUCUCUUUCAACAGGAAAACUUGUCAUGAAAUUCGACCACCAUCGAGGUCCGGUGACUUCAGUAAAAGUAACUUCCGCAGGAGAUGUACUUGUAUCUGCCAGCCAAGACGGAAUUGCGUGCUUAUGGUCACUAGAAUCGUUUACUUUGCUAAACUGUAUUUCGCUAAACUCUCCCGUGUUAAUGACGGAUGUUUCCGCUGAUUCUGUAUUUUUAUUAGCAGCAUGCGCAGACAACAGCCUUUGUCUCAGAACAUUGGCAACUGGUACGGAACUUCAUAGAUUUUCUUCUCACAAAUCAAAGGUAACCUCCAUUUGCCUCACGCAAGACAGUUGCAGAGCCGUUGUGGGAUGUUCCGAUAGCAAAGUUUAUAUAUACGACGUCCAUAGCGGAAAACUUACUAAAACGUUAACAGGGUUACCUGCAGAAGUAGCAGCCGUUCAGAUAACGGAAAAAGAUGACUUCUUAUUAACUGCAGGUGGAAAUCGAGUUUUCUUUUAUCCAUUCCGAAGUGCUGACACUAAUGUCCCACUCGUUCAUUGUAACAGAAAAUCUCCCCACAAUUUAAAACCACAUGAUGGUCAGGUAACGUGCAUCGAUAUUUCUCGCGAUGGUCAACUGGCUGUGUCUGGUUCAACAGAUAAUUUAGUAAAUGUGUGGCAACUCAAUUCUCAUGGACUUUUGUUUACACUUGACGACCACACGGCAACAGUAACCAGCGUUUGCUUUGCUCCCAAUUGCUUGUUCGUUGUAUCGGGAUCAGAAGAUAAGACAAUCAAAAUUUGGGGAUUGACCCUUGGAACUCUAGUGUCUACCUUUACCAGGCACCAAUCUCCAAUUUUAACGGUAUACGUGAUGAUGGAUUCAAGCCGAGUGAUAUCGAGUGAUCAAAAUGACAUCGUGAACAUUUGGUUGGCUGACAAUGGUCAAUUACUGCAAUCAUAUAGUAGGCCUAGUUUAUUAACUAGAGUAACGAAUAACAUGAAAUACGUGCUAAGCACAAACUGCGACAAUUCGUUAAAAAUAUGGUCAAUAGUAAGAGACGAAGAAAAAUAUACAGUCAGUCAUUCAGAAGCUAUAACAUGUUUUGUACUGUCCAUGGACUCUCAAUUUGUGAUAACAGGAUCUAAAGACAUGUCUCUAAAAGUUUGGCAAGUUGCAGGGGGAAAGCUAUCACAGGUUCUUAUUGGUCAUACAGACGCUGUAACAUGUGUAGCGGUUUCAGUUUCUAAUAAAACACAAGUUAUAUCAGGGUCCAAAGACGCAGUAUUAAUAGUAUGGGACAUUAACACUGGAGCUGAUUUGCACGUCCUGUCUGCACAUUUGAAUGCUAUAACCUGCGUUAAACUGUCUGGAGAUGGAACCAUUGCUGUUUCCGGUUCAGAAGAUGAAAGUAUGAUAAUAUGGGAUGUUGUAAGGGGUCUUCAACUGACCUCUCUUCAGGUGCAUCACCCAAUUGUAGGACUGGAACCAACUUCAGACUUUUCCCGUAUAUUCCUUUUACUAAAAGAUACUCAGUACACGCCUAUAGUUUGUCUUCAUAAUACUCCUGCUAAAUAUGUUAAAUUGCCAACGUAUUGUGCACCAGAUAAGGAUAUUAUUGAAAAUCCAAAACCGUUACCCAAGAGACAAAUGAGAAGACUGCUGAAAAAGGAGGUGUCCUUAGAUACAUAUACAUGGCAAAAGAAAUACGCGCAUUUGACAUCUAACCUUGUCAUUCCAGCCGUUGAUGAGAGAUUUAAAAGAAGAUUUUCGGUCUCCGCCAGUAUGGAAGAAAUAUCCAAAAUACCACAAAAUAAGGACUCGCAGGAAUCAAACCUUCCAAACAAGCAAGGCUCGUUAGCACAGUCUCAACAUUUUGAUCAAUUAGAAGCUCUGUGGAAUAAAAGAUCUCCACCCAGAAGACGUCUUCAUCAGUCACUUUCGAAGCAGUCAUCCUUAGCCCAGUCCCAAAUAGAUUCAUCUGAUGAAGAAAGAGAACUAGAAGAUGUAUGUUAAAAAUAUAAUAUGUGGAAUAUCGUUUAGCAAUUGUCGUUCACAUUUCUUCAUGUUAGGAUGUCUACUGAAUAGUUCUACUGCUAGAACAAACUACCUUCCUAUUGACUAUCAAUAUUAUUUUUCUUUAUCCAGAAAAAUGUCUAUUGAAGAAAUACAUGUUGAACGUUAAAAUAGUAAGAUAAUGUUUAAAAUAAUUAAUCUUAAAUUAAACUUUAAUGCCGAAAAUGAUCUCUAUUUACAAAAUCUAUAAAAGAUGUCUAUAUUUUUAUUAAUCUUCUAUAUUUUGAUACCCUUUCUAUUCUAUAGUAAUGUAUUUCUGGAUAAACAUUUACUUAUAUAUACUUUUCUACAAUCUUAAAACAUUCAAUAAUAUGCAAUUAAUUGCUGAUAUAUUUCGUUGUUAUGCACAAUUUUAUGUAGUUUUAACAUAUCGAUGAAAUGUACCUAACCCACCCUGAUCUUUCCAUGAGUACUUAAGAAAGUCUUUUAAGUACCUACUUAAAACAGGAAUAAUGAUGCAAUGAUGUAUACUACAAAACCACGUAGAACUCUGUAUUCUUCAAUAAAACAAACAUAUCUUGCAAUUUUCGUUUUAUUAUAUGCAGUCCGUCU